AUGGGAGGUUCCAUCGGGACGGAGUGCACAGGAGAUGAUGCGGACCGGCACCAUGCAUCAGAGAUGCCAGAGGACAUGCCGAAGCCCAUCAGUUCAGACCAAGAACAAGAACCGACAACGCCAGUGACUGUCAAGCGGAAGUCCAAAAAGAAAGUCACCAUGGGCGACGAGGUCCAGGCGAUCACCCCCGAGCAGGAGGGGACCUUUGAGUCUGACCAACCGAAACCCUCACUUCAACGAGCUGGAACCCGGUAUGUGGCCAAGGCUGAGAACCAGCAGGAAGAUGAGGGAAACGAUUCGGCCACGGACGAAGCGGAAGAUGGUGAGGACAUCUUCGAGGUGCAUUCCGAGCUGAGCCAACUGGAAGAGUACGUCCAGUCCUGGGUGGUGAAGUACCGGAGAGCCAUCCACAACAGGCGAAAGAUCAGCGCGAGCAUGCGGCGGGCCCUGGACGAGAAGAUCUCUGCUAUCUCCAACGAGAUGCGGAGGCUCGACCGAGGACGCGUGAGCGUGGCGUCUACAACCACAUCCGAGAUCUUCAUGCAGACGGCCUACCUUGGCCUGAAGACCAACCGGCGCUUUAGGAGCCUCCGAGAUGUCGUGCGGAAGGUACAGGAAGACAUCCGCACACGAAGGAUUCUCCUGCUUUGGCGAGAGCAUUUGGAGAACAGCAGUCCCACAAGCAAUUUGAGGGCACAGCUCUUGAUGUCCGGAAGCAUGGACUUCGAAGAUGCUAUCGGCAAGCUGAGCAUCGACAUCUGGGAUGGUGUCAAUGUUCUUGAGCUCGAGAGGUCCUGCAACGAGCCGAUGUUUCAGGUCUUCUUCGCGAUUUGGCAGCAGCACCACAUCGGACACUUUGUCAAGGCGAAGAAGGUGAAGGUUCAGGAGUAUAUCAAAGCUGUGGACAACGGCUACGUCAAGGCGAAUCCGUACCACAACAGCGCCCAUGCUGCUGAGGUGACCUUGAUGACGUACCAGAUCUGGUCGUACCUGUCACAAGGAUCCUUCAAAGGCUACUUCGAGCAGGUGGAUCUGUUGGUCGUGAUGAUUGCAGCGGCCAUCCACGACAUCGCCCAUCCUGCGACGAACAAUGAUUUCCUUAUCAAGACCAAGAGUCCGCUAGCUUUGCGCUAUCACGACACAUCGAUUCUCGAGAAUUUCCAUCUGGCAACAGCUUUCGAGUUGAUGAGAGCAAG